GGGGCUCCCCAAGUGGCACCACUGCGCCGUGAAUAUAUACCGCUGCCGGCCCGACCCCCUCCAGUUCCUUCUUUCCGUCCAUGGCGGCGUUGAAACAACCUCUCUCUCUCUCAGAAGAGCAGUCCCUUAGCCUUUUCAGAGUAGCUGUUAUCAGUUAGUUAACAUACUUUUAUGGUGGACACUUAAGUGAUUAGGUGCUUGGAGGCUUUCAGCACUUGCCGCAGGCCCACGGCUUCAAGGCUUGCACCACGUCCCACAAACCUGUGCCAGUUAGUGAUCCCCACAACUCGUGUCUGUUGCCUGGGGGACAAACAUCAAACUGAGCGGUGUAGGAUUUGCAAGGCGUUUAAGCCAAGAACAAGGAAAGAAAGAGACUUUUGUUUAAAGCAGCUGUUGAUGGAGGCUGCAUUGCAGCCACCGGCCCGGAGCGCCCGACGCUAGCUCAGGCUUCCUUGGUGAGUGGUGCCCCGGAGCUGUUGAGAGACCUGGCACUGGCUAAGCACUGUAAACUGUCGGCCCCAGAGUGCCAGACUAGGCCCCGGCACCGCUCGUCCUCUCCGGUGUGGCCAUUGGCACAGCCGAAAGGAAGGCGCAGUUGUUCCCCGCACAGGAGGCCGGCGCCUCCCAAGGCCCUGAGCGCUGAUGAGAGUGGGAAGGCCGCGAUACGGCACCGACACCGGCGGUCCCGGCAGCACAAGCCCCACCGAGCCCAGACCUAAGUGAGCUCAGUGUAGACGAGGGGCUCGAGGGCAUAAUGGAUCAGCCCUCCACACCUGGAACCUUUGAGGCCACAAAGGACCUCAUCAAGCUGUCGGUGGCGAGCCCACUCCCACAUAGGGAGAACCCUCCAGCACCCAUGCGACGGGUGCCGUUGAGGAGUAAGCCGGCAAUAGUGUGCUGCUCGAGGACACCGCCCCAGCACCGCUCCCGGAGUUGGUCCCAGUCGAGCACCGACUUUGUGGACUCACAGCUACCAGCAGCCCAGAAGGAGGUUGUGGCACUGGGAGUGGGUUGUUGCGAGGAAGCACCGGAAAGGGCACACCAGUCUCCGGCACCACCCAGAGACCGGCACCAGGAGGAGUUGAAACGGCCCUCACCAGAGGACUCCCACAGACUAUCCCGGUUCAGGGAACGCCGGUACCGCUCCCGCUCAGCCAGGAGCCGCUCGUUCUCCCGCCAGCACAGAUCGUUGGCACCGCCAUAACCAUCGCGAUCGGCAUCACAGCAAUCUGGUGCCGACUCAGGCCACUAUAGCUACCCGCACCGGGCCCUGGACAGCAGGGACCUUCGGGUGGGCUGGCAACCCCAAUGGGGGCUGCCAAGCCAUUGGCUCUUCUGGACCUCCUGGGCCUAUCAGGAACGCCAAGGGGCCCCAUCCAGGGCAAGUUACUCGGUGCAGCGAUCCCGGUCCCUGCACCGAUGCCAGACGGUGUCGGAGGCUACAGUAUCCAAGCCUCCAGCAUCUCCCCAGGAUAAACCAGAGAGACCGGCACUGAGUCCAGUGCUGUCCCAUGGACUCCCGCCCCGGCCGGAGCCAGAGGCCCCUCCCGUGGGAGAAGGGGAACAGGAGGACCAGCCAGAGGGAUCGAGCAGCAGCUAACCUCCUCGUCAUCCCUGCAUGAGGUGGUGGCGGGUACAGCGGUGUCCAGCCCUCCACCGAUAGACCAUAGAGCCCACCAGGAGUUGCUGCGCAGGGUCGCCCAGAACUUGGGGUUGCAGGCCAAGGAGAUGGUUGAGCAGGAGGACCCCAUGGUGGACAUUUUGAGCCCUGAAGGUCCAUCAAGAAUAGUGCUCCCGCUCAUUAAGACCAUUCAGUCCAAUAUAAGACCAUAUGGCAGACCCCGGCCUCCAGCGCUCCAACAGCCAAAGGAGUGGAGCGUAAAUACUUUGCCCCAUCUAAGGGCUAUGAGUUCCUGUUCUGCCACCUGAGUCCAUGCUCCCUACUGGUCUCAGUGGUAAAGGAAAGGGAGCAUCAUGGACAGCAGGCCCCACCCUCUAAGGCCAAGGAGGCGAAACGCCUGAACCUUUUUGGCAGAAAGGUGUACUCAUCUGGGGGCCUUCAGUUGAGGAUUGCGAACCAACAGGCCAUCCUCAACAGGCACAAUUUCAACUCCUGGGCGGCGGUGGGGAAGAUUAAGGACAACCUUCCGCAAAGUUCCCAACAGGAGUUCACAGCCUUGGUGGACGAGGGCAAGGCAGUAGCCAAGACCUCUCUCCAGGCCUCCCUGGAUUCAGCAGACGCGGCGGCUAGAACAAUCGUGUUGGGGGUGGUCAUGAGGCACUCGGGGUGGCUGCAGAAGUCAGGCCAGCUGCCUGAGGUCCAGACUACACUCCAGGACCUCCCCUUCAAAAGGUCCGGGCUCUUCUCGGACCAGAUAGACACGAGGCUGCACAGCCUUAAGGACUCGCAAGCUACACUUAAGUUGCUGGGUAUGCACACCCCAGCGACCCAGAGGAAGCCCUUUAAGCUGCAGCCUCCCCCUCAACGACAGUACCAGCCUCGCCAUAGGCAUGAGUCUUACCGUAGGUGAGGCAGGGAUAACAGGCAACGGCGCAACAACAACAGUAACAAUAAUGCACCGGGUCAGAACCAAGGCCAGCACAAACCCCAGCCGGGCACUAAGCCAGGCUUUUGAAGGUGUGCUCAAGGACAGCGUACCAGACCAGUCACUGGAUCCGUCCCUUUGUUUCCUGAACUGCCUGCCCUGUUUCUCCUGUGCGUGGUCCAACAUUACGUCAGACCAUUGGGUCUUAUGCACUGUGCAGAAUGGGUAUUUGCUGCAAUUCUCUUCCCUCCCUCCCUCCCUCCCCACUUCCCCAUCCCUCUUCAGGAACCCCUCUCACGAGCAUCUCCUAGAGAAGGAAGUCCGCUUGCUGCUAGAGGCAGGGGCAGUUGAGGCGGUGCUGCGCAGCCUAAGGGGGAAAGGGUUCUACUCCCGGUACUUCCUCAUCCCCAAGGCCAAAGGGGGCCUUCGCCCGAUCCUAGACCUGCGCGGGAUCAACAAGUUCCUGGUCAAGGCCCGGUUCCGCAUGGUCUCCCUGGGCACCAUCAUCCCUUCCCUGGAUGCGGGAGGCUGGUACGCUGCCCUCGACAUGAAGGACGUGUACUUUCAUAUUGCCAUCCACCCAACACAUCGGCGGUUCCUACGCUUCACCGUGGGCCAAGAACAUUACCAGUUUGCAGUUCUCCCGUUCGGUCUAGCUGCAGCCCCACAGGUGUUCACAAAGUACAUGGCGGUGCUGGCGGCCUUCUUACGGAGGCAGAGAAUCCAGGUGUACCUGUACCUUGAUGACUGGCUCCUGGUGGGUCGAUCCGAGGCGAAAAUGCGGGGUCAUGUGGAGGCGGCCCUGAGAUUGUUCCGCGAACUGGGGCUCCUGAUCAAAGUCCCCAAGUCCAUGCUCGUACCCACGCAGAGAGUAGAAUUCAUAGGGGCGGUUCUGGACACGGUGCAGGCCAGAGCAAGCCUUCCAAUAUCCCGAUUCCAGGCUAUCCAGCAAGCGGUCACCUCCCUGCGCCAGUCUCCAAUGACAAUGGCCAGGUGCUGCCUGCGGCUGCUGGGCCACAUGGUAGCAUGCAUGCACGUGGUCAGGCAUGCCAGACUGAGACUCAGGACUCUGCAGGCAUGGCUCGCUCGGGUGUACCACCCAGGCAGGGACCCCCUGGACUUGGUAGUGACAGCCCCAAGGGAUGUGCUGGACUCCCUGCGGUGGUGGCAGUCCUAGCCCAUGGUUUGCAAAGGCAUCCCCUUCGCCGCCCCACAGCCGGACCUGACGCUGGUGACAGACGCAUCAGACCACGGAUGGGGGGCUCACCUGGGGGACUUCAUGACGCAGGGGUUGUGGUCUGGAGCAGAGUGGUCG